UUGAUCUGCGUCACAUCCUGUGAAACAAGGCUACAUGUUUCAAAUGGUUCAUGACUUGAUAGUUUUAUUCCGUAAAAAAACUCAGCAAAUGUGAUUUAAAAAUGAAUUACAUGCCGGGGACAGCCAGCCUCAUUGAGGACAUCGACAAGAAGCACCUCGUUCUGCUGAGAGACGGGAGAACGCUGAUCGGGAUCCUCAGGAGCAUAGAUCAGUUCGCCAACCUGGUUCUGCACCAAACGGUGGAGCGGAUCCACGUGGGUAAAAAGUUCGGAGACAUCCCUCGAGGGAUCUUCGUGGUCCGAGGAGAAAAUGUGGUCCUGCUGGGAGAAGUCGAUCUGGAUAAAGACUGCGAUCAGAUCCUGCAGAGAGUCUCCAUCGAGGAGAUCCUGGAGGAGCAGCGGGUGGAGCAGCAGGCCAAGCAGGAGUCGGAGCGGCUGAAGCUGCAGGCGGUGAAGGAGCGAGGAUUAUCCAUCCCCAAAGCGGACACGCUCGACGACUUCUGAAAGAUUACGUGUGUAUGUUUCAGUUUCAGCACGUUUACGUUCAGGAGGGACGAGACGUACGUCACGUUUAAAACGUUCACUACACAAACGUGACUUUUUUUUUUUUUUCUUUUUUCUUUUUAAUGAGAGAUUGCAUCACAAAAAUGAGAUGUGAUGACUUUAUUUUGUUUGUUUGUUUGUUUGUUUUUUUCUUUUUAAAGCAGUCGCUCUGAAUCGACUGUAGCCGUCCGCCAUCUUUAAUUUCCCUUUUAUGGAAAUGGAAAUGGAUGAUGGACAAAAAAAAAAUCUGAAGCACUUCAGCCUGCUGGCUUUUAGUUUCUACGUAACGAAAGAAUAAUAACGAAACCUUAAACUCAGUGUUUUGUUGUUGUUUGUGGGUUUUUUUUGGUAUGUUGUGUAAAAUCACGCUGUACAACAAUGAGGAUAUUUUCGUUCCAUUAAAACCUGUUUUGUAAGGAA